CAGCAAAGCAAAAAGAGUGCUGAUCAGCGAACUAAUGGAGGUGGAUCGGGAGAACUUGGCCACGGCGAUCCCCACUGUUCACGCAGAAGACACGGAACCCAUGAGGGAGAUAAGAGAACGGUUGGCGCUGUUCGGUCCCAACCCACCACCCGAAAUCAUUCUAAAGAUUAU